AUGGGGGUGUGUAUGGAGGUUUGGAGGGGCGCGGGAGUGGAAAGGGCAAUGCUCUUGGACUCACAGCUGAUAUUUAACAGCGAUGAAAGGAAUAGAAAAGCCAGUAGCAAAGAAAAUGGCUACUUUAGCAGCAAAUGCCUUUUUAUUGCGGGUUUGAACGGGCCACAAGGGCAGUUUGACGAGCAACGGUACGUCCCAACAUAUCCGUCCGUUGGUGUGGUCGAGAUCAAGAGUUGA